AUGCCACGCGCUCCUCGAAGAGCAGCGCGUCAAGCCGGGCACAAUGAAAUCACAACGACGCCGACUCGGAACACCUUGACUGCGGAAAUCCCACCCUUUAUGCUCGAAACUCCUCCUCAUGCUCCCUUCCUAACCACCCCUGUACCUCCGUCGAACAAUCCAGGCAAUUCUAUUGUCCCAGCAACCAACGCCCAGCGCCGCCGGCAAGGCCGAAACGAACCGACACCCACCACUAAUGGCAAUGGAAAUGUUCAGAAUGAGGUUUCGGAUGAAACACAGAUGUCGCAGAAUGCACUUGGCUCCACAGCUUCAGAAGGUGGUCACGCAGAUGACCAGUCGCUCCUUGAAUCUGUCCACCAUGAUGUCGAAGAUGCCAGACAGCUCAAGGGUCUGCGGGAUAUCUCAUCGUUGGCAACGUGGACAUUGUCCUCCGCAAAACCGGGCUGUGGACUGCCUCAACUUCGAAACCCGAGUCCUACUCUCUUCUGGCAGAGUGACGGGCCGCAGCCUCAUACUCUGACAUUGCAUUUCUUCAAGCUUGUCGCGAUUGUUAAAAUGCGGAUCUAUCUGGACUUUGAGCUUGAUGAGUCGUAUACCCCUACGAAAAUGAAGUUUUUCGCGGGCAUGUCGGAGGGCAAUCUGGUUGAGUUUGGCACGUGGGAAGUCAACGACAGUGUCGAUUUGGAAACAGGCGAGGCGCACAGCAGUCUCGAAAGUUUAAGAGGUUGGGUCGACGUGCCCCUGAAAGGUGUGGGCGGAAGAGAACCCCACCACCAUAGAAACUCGGCUCUGGUGGACGGCCAGGGAGAGCCGACGCUUUAUCCCCUCCGAUAUGACCUUGAGGAGCAGCCAGGAGGAGAUGUGCUGAAGGCGAUGGUGGUACAGAUUCGUAUCUGCGAGAACCACCAAAAUGGCAAGGAUACCCAUGUUCGGGGAUUCCAGGUGUUUGCACGAGAUUACAGCAACCAUGCAGAAAUGAAGAGCAAUGUGAGAAAGGGAAAAGGGAGCAAACAGACGCAGACGCUGGAGGGUGAUGAAGAUGUUGGCAAGCUUGUUGGCCUCCAAGCAGCGGACUGGAUGGGUGAUCCAGAGGUGCGAUAG